AUGAGAGCCCCUUCGCCCCAGAACACUACUACUCAAUACCACCACAGUAGCUACACCUCACCUUACCAAACCUACGACCUUUCUUUCUACACUGCUCCACCACAAGGCGAGCUCACUCCAGCACAGAAGAGACAGAAGCUUGAACAAGACUUUGCUGCUGGCUUCCCCCCAGACGAAGAAACUUAUCCAUUCAUCUCUCAACUCCACUCUUACCAAACUACCACCAUGCCCAUCAGGAACAUUCCUCUUAACCCCCACAUCAACCUUCAGAGGGCCUCAGAGCCAGCUUCCCCAAUAACUAUUGCUACCUCUCUUUCUACCCACUCUACACCAGCAUCUUCACCUUCAAGAGUUACUAUCAUGUCUGCCCACGGCUCGCCCGCAGAUUUCCAGCUAUACGACGAGUGCUAUGAUCGAAAGCGACGGAACGUCCAGAAUUUCGAGAAUCCUACCACCCAAUCACGGUUUGGCAAUGGUUUCGACUCAUCAAUGACACAGCCACUCGAAUUCUUCGACCAUCAACCUCGCCAUUACCUGCAAGCCCCUCCAUCGCAGCAGCAAUUUGGCACUCAGGGAUUGGUGAACAGUCGCGCAGUCAUGCACUCUGAUGACGAAGAGCUUCCAGCUUUGUCACCCCACCACCAGGGCCAGUUUUCGUCGAGACUUUCCGCUUCGGAUGUGGACCUGCACUCACCCACCACUCCCAUCGCUUCACCAGAGUCUGUUUGUGGCGAUGGAGUACAAGUAGCUCAACUGCACCACCCAAUCCCAGACCCCCCAAAGCUCGAUCGAACUGUCUCCGACGCUAUCCAAGACGAGCUAUAUAACCCUGGUGUCGCCCCUGGCACCGAACACGCUACUCGGCCAUCCUCUCCUUGCACCACACCCUCCAAGGUGGCAUUCCUCUACCAGCAAGCCCAAAACCAGCACUCCAUUACCACGUCGCCAAUAGUUCGCGAGCGCUCACCUUUCCGUGCCAAUUCGCCUUACGCGCACUUCCCAAUUGUGACUCGCUCACCCCAGAGAACCUCGACCUUGAUUCCUGCUGGCUUUGCAACUGCUCGUGCUCAGAGAGAGAAGAUGAUUGCAGUUGAGCGAGAGGUACUGAAGAAGCAAAUGGAGGAAGACUACCACAACAUCGAUCUUGUCGAGCACCCUUGUACUAUCUCACCAAAAGAUGCCUACCGUGAAUACCACGAGUCGUCCCAAGAAGGGGUUAAGGGUUCUCUCUUUGCUUCUCAGGAAGAUGUGUACUCUCAGAACGGCAGUGUCCAAAGCGGCAGCUACAAGGGUUCGGUUCAAGGGGACGAGGAAGACGAUCAAAUUUACAACCUCAAGAGGGAAGAGACUCAAGAGAGCUAUGCUAGCAUGGCCACCAGCCGCAGGGAGAGUGAUGCUAGCACGAACUUCAAUGCUACCAUGUUCCCAGCCAACCAGCAAUUCACCCCCCUCGGAUUCCCCUACAGCAAUUACGCUGAUAGUUCUGAUCACAAGCCUCAAAUGGCCGAGGAUGAGGGCGAAUAUGGUUACCAGUCUGCCGGCUCACCCCUUACAAAGCCUGCAGAGUCCAAAGCGAAUAGGGGAGGAUACACCUGUACAGUUCCUGGUUGCAACCAGAGGUUUCCCACCACGAACAAAAUGGCAAAGCAUAGACGCGAAGCACACAGACAGACGAGUCCCGGUAGCCGCGGUGAUGGCAUUGCCAGGUCGCAUCACCCUGGACCUCACAAGUGCAACCGCCUCAAUCCUACUACAAACAAACCCUGCAACACAAUCUUCUCUCGGCCUUACGAUCUCACUCGUCAUGAGGAUACCAUCCACAACACUCAUCGCGAGAAGGUACGCUGCGAAAUUUGCAACGACGAGAAGACCUUCUCAAGGCAAGAUGCCCUUACACGUCACAAAAAGGUAAAACAUGGUAUCGACAAAUAG